UGAGCGCCAAAUGCAACUGCCAGUGCCAGCCAGUGGAAACGGGUUUUCGGGGCUAGCGUGUCGGCGAUGCGAUUGGCUGGUUGGGCAGUGUUACGCCGUGCGGGGAGUGCACGAAUGCGCACGGCCGUCGUGCUGAUUGAUUUUUCCCUGGUCUGCGCCUUCGCAGCACCCUCUGCGUCUGCGCUGCAGUACUGCUCAAGUGCUUUGCAACGUUUUUAAGUUUUAAACCUGGAUUUGUCUGCCGCGCACCCUUCGUUUUUCCCCCCGCUGCACUUGUACGCACCGUGUGGAUGUGAUUUAUAACGGUCUGCUGCUGAGGAAAAAGGGGGCCUCGCGCUCUUUCUGCCUUUUGAGAUUCUUGGACUGAAUUGAUUAUUCUAUUCUGCUAUCAUAAACAUCCCUCAUUUUUCCGAUUUAUCGAAGGGGCAAUAUUCAACUGCAGCACGUGUGAGGCAGUCGAGAAGGGAUCGCUAUUCUUAUCGCCAGGGGAGUGGGUGAGGUCUGGCAGUCGUGGGAGCCCUUGAGUCUUGGCCCGAAUACUAUGAAGGAGAGGAUAGAGUGAGCGGUCCGGUCGGUUGACGGGAAGACGGGGGACGCGUGGCGAGGGGAAGAAGACGUGUUGGAGCUGUUGAGUGUGUGCGCGGAGGGAGCCUGCUGAGUGGCCGAGACUGAGCCGGACUGCUUGUCCUGUGGAGACUACCCAAACCGGGGAGGGUGGGAUGGAGCCCAACUCGUGGGGCGGACGGGCGUCGCCGCCGCGGGAGGAUGACGGGGACAGGACGGCCGCCCCCGGCCCCGCUGCCCCCCUGCCCGGGGCGGAUGCGUCGCAGUGGUGCGCGGAGUGUUGGCGCGGAAUUAGCGAUCCACCCUGCACCGUCCACGGCCCGCUGCACCACAUCCCCGACCGGCCCCUGCCGCCGCGCGCCGUCGCCACCGCCCCCACCCAGGUGACAGUGCGCCGGCUGUCGCCCGCCGCCGAUGGACGAACGGUGCGAGGUGUCUUCGCCAGCGCCGACAUCGCCUCCCGGACGCUGUUCGGCCCCCUGGAGGCCCCCGCGCUGUCCGUGCCGUUGUGCCUGGGAGAGGACCAAUUUUUGCUCAAAAAAUUCCGCGCCGGAGAAUCGAGUGCCUACCUGGAUGUGAGCAACGAAGCCGAGUGCAACUGGCUCAUGUACGUCCGUCCGGCCCGCAGCUGGGCCGAGCAGAACCUCGUCGCCUACCAGCACGAAGACGACAUCUAUUUCGCUGCCUUCAGAUUUAUCCCGGCGCAAACGGAGCUGCGCGUGUGGUACUCCGAGGAGUACGCCGGCCUGAUGGGCGUGGACCUCCUCAACGAGGCCCCGAAGACCCGCGACGCCGCCGACCCGGUCAGCAGUCGGCGCCGCAAAGCCGCCCGCCCGCAGCGCGUCCCGCAGACCCGGCCGCCGCACAUCGCCGUCGUGGAGAGCCGCGCGCCGCACCGUCCGCCACCGCCGCCCGUGCCCGUCCCGGCGCCGCCGCCCACUCCGGCGGUCUCCCUAAUACUCAAGGACGAGCCCGCGCCGGUCUGCCACGUCGUGACCAACAUCGCGCCGGCCCCGCCCCCUCCGCCGCCGGCGCUGCCGCCUGGCGAGAACAUCCUGCUCAUCUGCGAGAACCCCUCCUCCAACGGGAUGCCGCCCACCUCCUUGUUGCUGCUGACCUCGGGACCGGCGCCCGCCGGGGCGAUCGGGCAGUCCCUGCUCAAGACCUCCUUCGACAUCCCCGUCAUCGGCGAGUCCUUUGUACAGAAACGGCCCCCCAUCAGGAUUCAGCCGUCGCCCGGUCUGGCCGUCUCCUGGCCCGGAACAACGAAAAGCUCAAUCGUGAUUAGCUCAAACGACGAAUCCAUGGCCGACAGCAUCCGCUCGCCCGGCGACCGCUCGGGCGACAGCGACGAGGAUUCCAGCAGGGAACAGCGCCUGCUGCGCUCCUCGGGCGGCAGUCUGCGGCCCUACAUUUGCUCAUACCCGGCCUGCAGCAAGUACUUCAGCUCCAAGUACAAACUCCUGCGCCACGAGCUCAUCCACUCGCAGGAGAAGCGCCAUCACUGCCAAUUAUGCCAUAAAAAAUUCCACCGCAAGGAUCACCUGAACAACCACCUGAAGGUGCACGAGCGCUCGAAAGUGCGGCUGGAGUGCGUGCUGUGCGGGUGCGUGUUCGCCAAGAAGUGGACGUACGAGAAGCACCUGUCGUUGCAUGAGCGCGACGCCAACCGCGGCGACGGGCCCGUGCCCAUCCGCAGUCUGGAGGAGAUGGACGCCGAGGAGGACAACGAGGAGGAGGACGAGCAGGACGCGGAGGACGACAACGAGCGGGAGGAGGAGGAGGAGGAGGAGCCCGAGCCCGACUGGGUCACCGUGCACCAGCAGUCCCCCAACUCCGCCUUCCACCUCGAGGCGCCCGCGUCCCCGGAGGAAGAGGAGGAGGCGCCGCCGCCGCCGCCCGUCCGCCAGGUGGCGCCGCCGCCGCCCAGUCUGAUCGUCCGCGUCCAGCCGCCCCCGCCACCGGGGAAGCGCGCCAUCCCGCUGUCGCAGCGCCCCGCGCACCCCUGUUCGUCGUGCGGGAAGGUCUUCUCGGCCUCCAAGGACCUGCGGCGCCACCUGCAGACGCACCUGGGCAUCAAGCCCAACCUGUGUCCCUACUGCCCCAAGAAGUUCACGCGCAAGGACCACGUGCGCCGGCACAUCCAGACGGUGCACGGGCGCGACAAGGAGCUGCGCGACAAGAGCAUGGCCGCCAACGGGAUCAACGAGCUGCAGGUGCUGGCGCAGUAGAUUAUUCAUUCUGCAAUGGCCUUAUGGAAGACAGUAUCGGUGGAGGGUUUAUUUUAUGGACGUGUCGUGGAGUGCGUGUCUGUGGUGUGCGGAGAUACAGUAUGAUCGUCCGGUGAAGAGGGAGUUUCGGGGCGCCUUUUUCGCCUCUUUGGGAGCGUUGUGUUGAUGAAGGGAUGUUCCCGGUGAGGAGACGGGUGUUGGUCCGGGCUUGGGGUUAACGUUGUUGUGGGCCUUGUUGCUCUCUUCUCCGUCUGGUUAGUCUAUUCUUGUUUCCGCGCCUGUCGACUGUUGUUGCGACGGGCGCUGGCUUUGUGUCGAUGCUACGAUACUCUGGUGUCUGCUUGAAACGGCGGCCUUCCCGCUCAAAUUACAACAAACACCCAUCAGCGU